AUGGCUUUGUUCACCCCCGGCCCUAUCGUCUCACACGUGCUCAUGGUCCUCGUGGCCAUGUUGAACAUCUGCAUCCUUUCCUACGAUGCUGGGAUGAUCAACAACUUGAACUCGGUUAAGCCAUACCAAGAUUACUUCAAGUUGAAUAGCGAUAUGAUCGGACUGAACGUUGCCAUCAUUAGCGCCGGUUCGAUCUUCGGAGCCCCGAUAGUGGGUCCCGUAGUUGAUCGUUGGGGACGGAAGACCGGCCUUGCUGUUGGCUCCAUCUGUAUCAUUCUCGGAGUUGUACUUCAAGCUUCUGCCUCGAAGGGUAAGGGCUCUCGUGGAAACUUCUUGCAAGUACAGCUACUCACUAGAAACGCAGUUCCACAGCUCAUUGUCGGCCGCUUCAUCAUCGGAUUUGCCUCCCUCAUCAAUGGGUCCAUUGCUCCCAUGUGGGUUAUGGAGGUGGCGGCGCCGAAGUAUAGCUCAAUUCUUUCGAGCACUGUCUUGACAUCCGUACCUUUCACGUCAUUCUUGGUCAGCUGCAUUGUCCUGGGCAUCUACGACAAGCAGUCCGACUGGGCAUGGAGAGGGCUUAUGCUUGCAAUAGGGGUGCUCGCUCGAUUACAUGCGAACGGCAAUCGUGAAGAUGCUUUAGUGCUUUCAGAGACACAAGAAAUUGUCGCGGCUCUGAACCACGAAAAGGAGAGCAAUGGAGGGUGGAAGGAUCUCAUUGCGCCAUUUACCGGGACCUCCGCCACAGUGGUUCUGUUUGGAAUUCUGGCCGGCCUAUCUUACCUAACUGAGAUUCAUCCCGAGACAAAUGCGUAUGCCAUCGGCGCGAUUGUCGUUGUUGCCCUGUUCCUCCUUGCAGUUGCGGCAAGCUGGAGCAUCUUGGCCUACACUUACCCUCCCGAGGUGCUGCGAUACUCUCAGCGCGCCAAAGGAGUCGUAGUUGCCCAAGCAAUUGGGUAUGCCUUCAGCUUCCUCAAUCUUUACACCACUCCUCUUGCUAUCGAAAAAAUCUCUUGGAGAUACUAUGCCAUCAACGGUGGUUGGAACCUCGGAAUAUUAUUUGUCGUCACCUGGCUCUUUGUUGAAACCAAGGGCAGGACCUUGGAGGAGAUGGAUGAGAUCUUUGAUGGGGUCGUCUACUCGAACAACGUCAUCAUUGAUGGCCAGAAUUCCAAGAGUGAUUUGGGGAAGGACGCGGGUGAUAGUAGCAGUGUGGUAAAGAGGAAGCUUAGCAAGGUCAGCACCCGUGAGUAA